UUGAGGGGCAUUUCCGUUAUUUUUGAUGAAAGAUUUCCCUCGCUGCAACAGAUAAAGGGGGAGUGAUGGCCACCGUCUUUCUCUCUCCUCAACUUUCUCUCUCUACCGCUAGAGCUCAUUCUGAUUGCCACAGGGAAGGAGUGAUGGCUUCUUCUUUUCUCUCUCCUUAUCUUUAUCUCUCUAGCUCCGGAACUCACCUCCAUCACCGAAGUUGGAAAUUCGGAAGUGGGCAAGCUGUUCAUAUGGUUUUUUAUGGAUCAAAUACUCGGGCAUUUCGUGUUUUGACUACUGCAAAUAUGUCUUCAAGGCAAUUCAAAGAAACACCUGAUGAUAUCAUGGUUGACCCUUUGGAGGCCAAACGUCUGGCUGCAAAGCAAUUGCGAGAAAUUCAGGCAAAGCAGGAGCUUAAAAGGCAACGCCAAAUUGAAGCAAUCAAUGGCACAUGGGCUUUGAUUGGUCUAGCCACAGGCUUGGUAAUCGAAGUUCAAACUGGAAAGAGCAUUCCAUCUCAGUUAGCAGGAUACUGGGAUGCUGUUGUUGGUUUUCUAAGUCGUUUCAUCCCACAUGGAUAAAGAUGAUCGGGCCAUAUGAACUUCUGACACAUAUGACUGCAAGAAGUUACAUUCUUUCCAGGAUGCUUAUAAGAUUCGCCCUUUGUUUUUCUUGGUCAUAUGGGUUACUUACCUUCACAGAAUCAGAUUGUACUCCUUGUUUAUUUCCUUCAUAUUGUAACAAGUGUAUUUAAGGUCUUUAGCCGUGCUUUUUGUAAAUGAAUGUAAAAGUUAAAGCCUUGACUUGCUGAAAAUUUUGUAUUUGAGGAACUAGAGACAUGUUUCUGCAAUGAGGUAGAGCGGUUAUGCACGCCUAACAUCACAGGGCCUUUGUUAUUGCUGCCAA